CUUCUUUGCUCCCCACAGUAUUCUAUUUUCCGUCCGAUCUCUCUUCUUGUUUUUAGAGAAGACAAUAACAGGGGGAAACAUGGUGAGUGUUGAGGAGAUCCGCAAGGCUCAGAGAGCAGAAGGGCCAGCCACAGUAAUGGCCAUAGGAACAGCCACUCCACCAAACUGUGUCGAUCAGAGUGCUUAUCCAGAUUACUAUUUCAGAAUUACUAACAGCGAGCACAAGACUGAGCUCAAAGAAAAAUUCAAGAGAAUGUGCGAAAAAUCAAUGAUCAAGAAGAGGUACAUGCACCUGACGGAGGAAAUCUUGAAAGAGAAUCCGAACAUUUGUGAGUACAUGGCGCCUUCUUUGGAUGCAAGGCAGGACAUGGUGGUCGUGGAAGUUCCCAAGCUGGGCAAAGAGGCCGCCACCAGAGCCAUCAAGGAGUGGGGCCAGCCCAAGUCUAAGAUCACUCACCUCAUCUUCUGCACCACCAGCGGUGUCGACAUGCCCGGCGCCGACUACCAGCUCACCAAGCUCCUCGGCCUCCGCCCCUCCGUCAAGCGUUACAUGAUGUACCAACAGGGUUGCUUCGCCGGAGGCACGGUCCUCCGUCUCGCCAAGGACCUGGCCGAAAACAACAAGGGAGCUCGCGUCCUCGUCGUCUGCUCUGAGAUUACCGCCGUCACCUUCCGCGGACCCAGCGACCACCUGGACAGCCUUGUGGGACGCCUCUUUGGAGACGGUGCGGCCGCUGUCAUUGUCGGCUCUGACCCGCUCCCCGUGGAGAAGCCUCUGUUUGAGCUGGUAUGGACGGCUCAGACCAUUUUGCCAGACAGUGAAGGAGCCAUUGAUGGACAUCUUCGUGAAGUUGGCCUGACCUUCCAUUUGCUCAAGGACGUUCCCGGGCUGAUAUCGAAGAACAUUGAGAAGGCCUUGGUGGAGGCCUUCCAGCCAUUGGGUAUCUCUGACUACAACUCCAUCUUCUGGAUCGCUCACCCAGGUGGACCUGCGAUUCUUGACCAGGUGGAGGCUAAGUUGGGGUUGAAGCCAGAGAAGAUGAGGGCGACGAGGCACGUGCUAAGCGAGUACGGGAACAUGUCGAGUGCCUGCGUGUUGUUCAUUUUGGACGAAAUGAGGAGGAAGUCCGCGGAAGAUGGGCUCAAGACCACCGGGGAAGGACUUGAAUGGGGUGUCCUGUUUGGGUUUGGUCCUGGACUUACCGUUGAGACCGUUGUUCUCCGUAGCAUAGCCGCCUGAAACCUUAACUAAGAGCAUUCUUUGCCAUUAUGUUUCACUUGUUUUUUUGAGAAAAAUUUGUUUAUGCACUGUGUAUUCAUGUACCUGUGGGUUUUUAAAAUUUCAAAUUAUAACUUGUAUAUUGCAAAGUUAUUCACAGCAAGGAGCUACGAAAAUAAGAUGAACACAACGUUCUCCAUAUAUA